AUGAGCAAUCCUUGUUCACAGCUAAACAGCAAAGUUAUAAGAGAUAAAGUGGAGUGUCACAUAGUAGCAGCAAUUGAGAAAACGUGUUCUGUUGUAGCAUUUAAGUGUGUUUGGAGAGUAAGCGAUAAAGAAAUUCAACAAGCCUGGAAUUGGAUCUGCGAAAAGCCAGAUGAAUGUGAUUUGGAAUUAUCGAAACUGAGCGAGGUUUGCUUUUUCUUUUCGGCAAUAAGCACCUCAAAGCUUGACAGCAAAAAGAAAAAAUCAACAACAUCAGAUGAAGGACGAGAAGUCGACGAGUCUAACGAAGAAUCUGCCAUAAACCCCUCGCAAAUUUCAACGCCUGGAAAGCAAGUUUUCCCAGCAAUUUCGUAUUGGGUGGCUUGCCAAACUCAAAAUGGUUCAGCUGUUAAUCCCAUGAAAAUUCAACGUGCUCUUGGGAAAUGCGGCCUCGAGUUCUAUCUUUCCAGGGCAUCAAGGAAAAAAAAUUCUCACGACUUAAACCAACUCUGCCAAGUUUUAAAAGAUCACAAGAAUCCUUGCUUGAUGAAUUUUGUGGAGGCUUCUUAUCAGCAUUGUCUCAGGUUAGUAUACUCAAUGCAAAACUGUUAUAGUAAAGGCUAUAGUUAACCAAAGAAAUCAACACCUAGGAGUCCACCCUUAUUGUUGCCAUCUUCUCGUUGUCAAGCAAUGUCUCUAAUUAACUGUUUUGACUCAAAUACGUAACAAUAUGCAAGGGUGCAAGUGGCUUAUUAAGUGCGAUUUAGACCAUCUGGGAAUUUCAACACGAAAAAGAGCAUUAAUUCAAACUUUGAUGCGCUACUCAAAAAUUUAUUCUGAGAUAGUAAACUUGUCUGUUUUUUAUUCUUUAUUGACAGCGCCCUUCAAGACGAAAUAGAUAUUAGUGAUGAAGAACAGUCUCAAGAAAUGUUGUCGACAGAAAAUGUAGUUCGUGUGUGAGUGCUUAGGGAAGAAUUCAAACCGAUGAUGACUACAUCUAUCCGAGAAUUCCGCCGUGCUGGUUUGAAAAUCGAUUGUUUUGGUCUCUAUGAAAACAAAAGCAGCACCCCGGGCGUAGAAAUACCGUGUACACCAUAUAUGCCAUUGUCUUGCCCACUAACAGUUCUUUGUAACGACAUCCAUGCCGCAAUGAAAAAGCUUCAGUUUAGUGUCUACCGGGGAGAUGUGUACAAGAAAGUUGCAGAAUCACAGUUUAUUUUCAAGUUCCUUUGUUCCAUGAAGUCAUUUCUGUUAAAUCUUAUGGGGAACGAGUGCUUCAAAGGCAGGCUUGUCCAACAUUUUCCAAGAGUUCUACCACUUCUGAGUGAGCCAGAAAGUUCCCUGAUUGGCCAACUUAACAUAGAUCGAAACUUGGUUGAAGUGCAGAAUGGCUGGUUUUGGUCUUUCUCUGAAGGAGCUUUUGUACAAGGAGUGAUCCCAGAAUCAGAGGUGAGGGCAUACGUUUUCAUCAGUAAAGGUUGUUUUAAUUCCGUUAUCACAAUUUCCUUGGCUACAAUUUAUCUGCUGGCUAAAAUGACAAUGUAUCUGUUCAAUAGAAAAGUCGUUUUUCUGUUACUAUACAACAUAAUUAACCUUGGAAUAUGUAAAAUCAAGCGCUAUUGAGUUUCGAGUCACCUAAUCUAGGACUACUCCUAGUUUGUAGGUGGGUAAAGGUUUCUACUUCUUCUUUUACCUAUUUAUUACAUGUUUGCAUGUUUUAACAGUUCUUUUUUUUUCUUUUCUACAGCGAGGUAUCACAUCACCAAGAGCGUAUGUCCUCUAUGACAGCCUCCAACAGCCCGAUCCUAAAUACUUCGAGCAAAUUCUAACCAAUAGCCUACCUGAAGGGCAAAUACAACAGUUUUGCGCUGAUUUCCUCGCGCUAUUCAGAGAUAAAGAACACAAGCGACCUGUGCCAUGUGCCAUCAGAGCUUCUGACAGCGGCAAAACGAGCCUGUUCAGCCCAGUGUUUCAAAUUGUGCCGUUAAGCCGAAUCGCUCGUGUGACCAAACAGAAGAGCUUUAACAAGUCGAUGAUUGACAGCUCCACGGAAGUUAUCUUUCUCGACGAGGCAUACAACAACCUGCUCGACAUAGAUGACUGGAAGAUAAUUUGUCAAGGCAGUUUUACAUCCCACGAUGUAAAAUGGAAGAAGGUCCAGGGGUGCCACUGCCGUGCAAGUAUGUACAUUACAUGUCAACAGGAGAUGGACUUUGGCGAGGCCCGCAAUGACGCGAUGAACCGAAGACUUCACAAGUUCUUCUUCAGAAGCUUGCCCCAAGUUAACCCGGAGGCCAACCAGUGGCUGCGAGAACAUGCAAUGGACUGCAUUGUAUGGGCCCAAAAGAUGGUUGCUACAAACUCCACUACCGCACAGACUGGAAGGACUUUAGGAGAGCGUGAGGACGGUUUAGAAAGUGAAGACGUUCAGAGAAUUUUGUCCGAUUCCCUACUGGAUGACCCCGAGUGCAACACGGAAGGCGGUGAAAUCUCACUCACGGAUGAAGAGGAGAGUGAAGCCGAAAGCGACAGCUCCGAUGAAAAUGAAAAUAACAACCACAUAGACAAGCUUCGCCAUGAGCUCGAAAAGGCGGUGCCGGGUGGGUUUCGGCACAGACAGCUGAGCAUGCUCCUGCGAAACGCUCAAACACAGCACAAAGCCAUCCAAAAUCGCCAAAUCGCCGGACGUCGACGAUAUCUAGUAAAUUUAGGAGUGACCAGCAAAUCGCAGGCAGAUCGACUGAUUACGCAUCCCGACGAGCUGCUACCAACCGACCUCGCUCGCAGAGAACAACAGGCCUUGAAAGAUAGGGCAGAACGUCUCGAAAAGCAAAGGGAAAGAGAUGAGCAGAAGAAAGAAAAAAAAGCAUUCUCUAAUCCGUGGCUGUUAGAAAUAGAAAAAGAAAUGGCCGAGAACAAUAUGUGUUUAGAGAGAGGCACAGACCCCGACAUGAGUGCAACGCUGGGGAGUCUUUUGGAGAUUGACUGUGAGAAACUCCGCACAUUUCACGAAAAACAAGGUACCCUUCGCCUGCAGAUGGCUGUGGAGAAAAGGAAAGAAAUCUGUGUGAAACGUGGAUUAGUGGAUCCUAGGUACGCGAGUUCCGUUAGAGAUGUGUACUCACCUUUACCGGUUAUCGUCGAAGGUAGCAACCAAAACAUGUCCAGGCCAACGGCUUCAAACGACGAUGGUAAUACGCCAGACACCAUCUUACGACCCGCCUGA